GGAGGCUGUCAGGCCACGCCGGGGUAAUUUGGGCGGAGUCUGCAAGCUAGGUGCGGGUCGCGGAGGAGGCACGGAGGUCGCUCCCAGCGGCGGCGGUUUACCUGCUUCACGUUCGCCUUAACAGACCCUGCUGAAGGCUGCAGCAAGUACUAGGUAGCCUCUGAAAAGGGGGCACCUCGUUGCUUUGCUUGAGUCAGCGGCGGGAGCAGCUCUGCUUCCUCAGUUUCUCUCCUCGGUGACGGACGAAGAGCUCCCUUGGAAUUUCGAUUCACUGAAUGAACUGGAGCUCAGGGCGACGCCCAAGCUGUUCCCGACUGUACUCGGCUGUUCAGGAACUUUGUGAAAAUCUCAACGUAUUGAAAAACUGUCCAGGUUUCACCUGGUGUAUAAAAAGGCCUUGUAUGAUAAUACCAGGACCAAAAUCUUGCUUGUCAGUCAGUCAGCCAGCCCUAUACUUAAUGCCUCCUAAAACCUCAUGGACUUCUAAAGAAGCACCAUGGCCUGUGCUGCUGCCGUGAUUCCUGGGUUGUUGCGAGGCUCUGUUGGAGCCUUCUGCACGCGGGUCACCUCGUUGAGAUUGACACCCAGGGCUUUGCGCCACCUUACUCUAAACAGCAUAAUGAAAUCCAAAAGGAAAACUGAUCAUUUGGAGAGAACUGCAAAUGUCGUUCGACAGGAGGUUGUGUCAGCAGCUAAGGUGUGUGGAACUGCAGAUGAGUCGCCGUCAGUGAAGAGGCUCCGCUUGCUUGUUGCUGAUAAAGAUUUUUCCUUUAAAGCUGGCCAGUGGAUUGAUUUCUUUAUCCCAGGAGUCUCUGUGGUUGGUGGGUUCUCAAUAUGUUCCAGCCCCAGACUUCUAGAACAAGAGAGAAUAAUAGAGUUGGCAGUGAAAUACACAAACCACCCUCCUGCUCUUUGGAUUCACAACCAGUGUACACUUGACUCUGAAGUGGCCCUGAGAGUGGGUGGAGAGUUCUUCUUUGACCCUCAGCCCGGAGAUGCCUCUAGAAACCUCGUUUUGAUUGCGGGAGGAGUAGGAAUUAACCCUCUAUUUUCCAUCCUGCAACACUCAGCAGAUCUCUACAGAGAGCGAACAAACAAAGGAAGUGGAUAUAAGAUAGGAACAAUAAAACUAUUCUACAGUGCAAAAAAUACCAGUGAGCUCCUGUUUAAGAAAAAUAUCCUUGAUUUAGUAAAUGAAUUUCCUGAGAAGAUUGCAUGCAGUUUGCAUGUUACAAAACAGACUACACAAAUCAGUGCAGAACUCAAGCCAUACAUCACUGAAAGUAGAAUAACGGAGAAGGAGAUAAGAGAUCAUAUUUCAAAAGAGACUUUGUUCUAUAUUUGUGGUCCACCUCCGAUGACAGACUUUUUCUCCAUGCAACUGGAAAACAGCCAUGUUCCCAAAGAACACAUUUGCUUUGAGAAAUGGUGGUAAGCAGCAGGCAAAGGCAGAAAAGAGAAAGAGAAAGAUGUAAGAGCCAUUCAGGACAGAAAUAGAUGUUAUAUUAAAUCAUAUAUGACUUUGGGCAAGAACAAUUUCCCUUUACUUGAGUUGUCUUAUUUUUUUAGGGUGUGAACUAAGUGACCAGCUGGAGAUUAAAAGCUGACAGGCACAAAAGAUAAACUUUUUGCAAAGACUUCACUGAUUAAACUAUUUUUUUUACUAUAUUGACUUUUUUUUUUUAAUCAAUAACUGUUUAAUAUAUCAUUAAUUGGUUAAUAUAGAUUUUUGCCCUUAGGAAAAAAAAUACAUGUGCUUGUAUUUAAUCAUAUGAAAAUGUGGUUUUGUUUAUGAAAUAUGGGCUAUCUUUAAAUUAUUUGACAGCAACCCAUAUAUCUUAUGUUCAAUAAACAUGUUUUAAGCACAAUAUUAAUUUUCCUUUGAAAAUUCUUUUUAUUUAAUGUCUUGGUUUACUUUACCAUGGCCUGCAUCCUUACUUCUUUGGACCAUCAAAGAUGGGUUUGGAAAUGGAAAAAAUGUUGAGGAAAAUUGUUUUAAGGAAAUGAAUUUCCAGCCUAUUUGUUUUCUUGUUAAUGAAUGUCCUCAAUAUGUAUCCCAACUAAUUGUUAGUUUCUUCUCAAAUGAAACCCUUUCUGUGCCUUGGCUGCCUGCCUCAACGCUAUAGGGGACUGCCCCUUGUUUGGGACAGAGGUGCUGAUGACUGUUGUGUUCCGCGUUGAAUCUGCCUUUAGUGGUUGACCGGCUGACUGUAGAAUGUGCUUAGGAUUGAUUAGGAGGUACAAAGCUUUUUCCGAACCCUGUUUCUAUCCUUUUUAUUGCAUUGCUUUUCCGGGGUUGUUCCUGGCACCCACAUCUUAACAUAUACUUGUUGAGUGACUAAAAGAAAGCAACUAACGUUUAACUCCUUGCUAAAUCUGGGGUUGUGGGAUAAUCUCCAGGCUGGGUGGAGAGAGCGUGGAGCUUCAUCUCCAGGCUGCGCUACUGAAAUUGCUGAGAAGCAGACUGUAGUUCAUGUCUGUCUUUGUUUAGGUCUUUAAAAAUGCAAAAGAAAUCCAGUGGGCCGACUGAGGACAGGCCAUCCUUUCUGUGCCAAGCUGGUAGCCUCCUUGGAGAACACUGUGAGGGUAGAGGGAGCCUGGGGAAGAAACACAGAUCCUGGUAGAGACUCAGGAGCUUAAGUUGAGGAGACUGUGUUCUUGAAUUUAUGAGAGAAGAUAGGUUGCCUUUUCUUAUCUCACUUGCUGCAGACCUCUCAGUGACCCCUGGGAUUAAACACGGAACUGAUUUAUAGGACCUGAAGAUGGUUGGUGUUCUGGAUUGCUAAUGCUGCCCUUUUGCAAAACACCAGAAAUGGAUUGAGUUUUAUAAAAGGGGUUUACUUGAUUUCACAGUUACAGUCUUAAGGCCAUAAAGCUUCCAAGGUAAUGCGUCAAUAAUCGAGUACCUUCACUGGAGGAUGGCCAGUGGUGUCUGGAAAACCUCUGUUCACUAGGAAGGCACGUGGCU